GCAAAGUGUUGGAGAAGCCAGUGUACCUUGGAGGACACGAAAGGGGGAGGUAACGCGUUUGUUUUGGAGACCUUGCGGGAUACACACAGCACCAGCACCAAUGGAGAGUAAGGACCAUUAACUAUAGUCCUGGGGAAAUACGCAGGUAUGCGUCCGUUCGAGGUGUUGUGUUGAGAACUUAUUAACAUACAUGAGCCUCAAGCAGUAUUCCAUGUCUCUCCUCUGCCCUGUUAUUGAUGGGAAACCAACUGGACCGGAUCACCCACCUGAACUACAGCGAGCUACCCACCGGGGAUCCAUCGGGCAUCGAGAAGGACGAGUUACGUGUUGGUGUGGCGUAUUUCUUUUCCGAUGAGGAGGAAGAACUGGACGAUCGAUCGCAGUCGGACAGCUUUAAAGACAACAACAGCCCGAGCAAAGACGGUCCGAUUGCACUUAACGAGAUCGAGUACUCGGCGUUCUGCUGCCAGGAAUGUAUAUACUCCAAACUGCGAGAGAAUGAGGACCUGAAUGUUUAUUCUGUGAAAACUUUAUUGACCAUGUGCAAACCCGGGGAUCUACUGGAGUUAGUGGCCAACGCACAACCCCCGCACUGGGCGAUCUUUGAAGGGGAGGACCAGGUUAUUCACCUCUACAAGGGGGAGAUCCGCAAGGACAGCUUGUUUGAGAUCAGCUGCGGUCGACAGGGCAGGAUAGUGAACAAUCGGUACCGUUACCGGCCGCUGCCCGCUGAUUUGGUGAUGCAGAACGCGAGCGGCCACGUGGGGCUCAGCAGUGGCGAGAUUUGCUGGACGAACUCGGAAAGUUUCGCAGCCUGGUGCCGUUUCGGCAAGCGGGAGUUUAAAGCGGGCGGGGAGGCGCACUCGGUCGAGCAGCGCUACUUUCUGAAGGUGCACCUGUCCGAGAGCACCGCGCACACGCUCAUGUUCCGCAGCCUGGAGGAGAUGAUUCGCGAGAGACGGCGCGUGGACGCCAGUGGCAUUCUGAAGGAGCUGUCGCUGGUUACCGGGAAGGAAUGAGCGCAAAUUUGGGACUCUCUGCAUGCCUUGAGCAAGGGCUGCUUACCUUUAUUUCAGGACUUUGGCAGGGUUGUGCGUAUUUGUGUGAACAUAUUUUGGCAAAGACAACGCCCCUUUUGGUUGUGCUGUGAGAACCGAUGGCCCCACUAAAGUCACCCUGUACCUUUAAAAAGGAAAAAGAUAAAACAUAAGGUGAGAAACAUCACAGUUCCCCCAUGACAGUCCCUUCAAAUUCGCACCCGAGCUCUGCUGCGGCAGAUGGUGACCACGAUGCGUUCAUAUGUCUGUGGCAAGCCGUUUUGACAUGUAUUCCUUAAGACUAACUAGUAGGCUAAUUGUUUUUCUUACUAACAUUCAUUAUUUACCAGUAACUAUUCAAAUAGUAUCUUUUCCCUUUGUCCUAGCAAUAUGUCAAUAAAUAGCCUACUAGUAGGCUAUUGUGUAUUCCAAUUGUUACUAGAGUUGAGAUCAACAUCAAUACUAUCUAAUUGGUAGCUAAAAACAGGCACUAGUGCCUAGGAAUGUCUAUACUGGAAGUAAAGAGUUCAUAUCUGAACCACAGAUCCACCUAGAAUGAAAUGGCAAAA